UGGCGGGCGGCAUCUGGCAGAGCUUCGUGGGUAGCUGGGUGCGCGGCGAUGGCUGGGCCCGGGGUGUGGGGCCGGCUCCACUUACUGCUCCUCAGCGUCAGCUCCUGGUCCUUGAUAUCAGCCCAGGUGAUGAACACACAAACCAUUCAAGUGCCUGAGAACAAGCCAAUUGAUAUACCCUGUACUGCGUACGUAUCGCAAAGCGGAACACCCAGGGUCGAGUGGAAGUUUGAAAAGGGCUCUUCAAUAGUGCUAUUCUACUAUGAUUCGAAAUUCACAGACCCCUACAAAGACCGUGCUCAGUUCACACCCACAGGGAUUCGUUUCACUUCGGUGACUCGGAAGGACACGGGGAAGUACAUCUGCGAGGUCCUCUGGACCGGGAGCGGGGCCAGUGGCCAACUAACAAAGUCAGAAGUUGAUCUCAUCGUCCAAGUGCCUCCCUCCAAGCCCGUUGCCAAGGUGCCCACCUCGGUGACAAUCGGCAACAAAGCUGUGCUGACGUGCACAGAAACAGAUGGCUCUCCACCCCCUACCUUCCAAUGGUACAGGGACAACAUCCUGAUGCCCUCCAACCCCAAGAUCAGUGAGAAAUUCAGGAACUCCUCCUACACGAUCGACCCCAAGACAGGAGUGCUGACGAUUGAGCCCGUAACCAGCUUCGACACAGGGGAUUAUUUUUGCGAGGCUCAGAACAACGUCGGGACUGCUCAGAAAUCGGAAGCCAUCCACUUGGAAGCCACUGAAGUCAACGUGGGCGGUAUUGUGGCAGCUGUGGUCGUGCUGCUAAUCGUGCUGGCACUGGUUGCCUUCGGCAUCUGGUUCGCCUACAGUCGUGGCUUUUUCAGCAAGAGAACAGGCAGCACCAAUAAGCAAGUUAUCUACAGCCAGCCGUCCAACCGGAGUGACGGAGAAUUCAAACAGACCUCGUCCUUCCUGGUGUGACAUUGGCCCUGGAUUGGCUCCCCCUCUCCUGCCGACGUCCUGCCCCUUGCCCCAUGAACUGCUGUAAAUGUUCCGUGUGAAUUACUGUAACUCACUGCGAUUUUAACUAUUUUUUUUUUUAAAGUUUCACCUAGUGCCUUUUUAGUCCUGUUCUAGACUCUCUUUGUCCCCUAGAGUCGUGGGGCUGGAGUCUUGCCCGCUGCGCUACAGGUGACUUUGCAUAAACCAAUCUUAUUUUCCUAAGAGCGACAGGCGACAAACCCAGCUGCUGAAAACACCCAGCGGAGGGGCCCCCCUGCCACUUGCUGGCGUUGCAGAUUGCUCACCCUGCUUUGGGGAUGUCCGCUAGCACCGGGCUUCCCCAAGGAGGGUGAAAUUCAGCCCGUGCGACAGGCCAGCGUGAGGCCUUGCAGCACUGUAGUGCCACUUAAGCCUAUCGGAGGGUUUGAUGCUGCCAGAAGUGGCAGGCUGGGGAGCCCUGGUUAUGCUAGAGCACUGAAUGUAGGGAACACAAGUAUAUUUUUGUGACUGUAGAAGAUUGUUGCGUGGUGUCCCCAUCCCUGCCCCCACCGUCACUGCUGUACGAGUGUGUCAGGAUGUCAUCUUUGUGGUGUCUGAACAGGUUGAAUACUACAUCUCCCUGGAGCAGGAGGUGAUUGGUGAGAAGGGAUUAGGGGCAUAGCAAUGAGAUCAAAGGGGACUUGCUCACCUCUCCCUUGGCCUGUGAUUUGGUUGUGAGGCAGCAGAGAGAAAAUCCAGUCCAGGAGAAAUCAAGAACUUCUUUCCACUGAUUUACGGCCCUGCUUGAGCUCUGUUUCAGCCCAGUUUGGCAGGGCCAGGAGAGCCUUCCAGAACAGCUUGGUUCUGUCUGGCGUUUUUGGGCCAAACCUUGAUUGAAACCAGGUUGGCUGGCACGGUGUGGAGAUGGAGUUCACACCCUGCCGUGGGCCAUAUCCGAAAGGUGCAGGGGGCCACAG